UGAAACGCCGACGAGAAUUGCGUCUACCGAGGGAGACCACCGACGGCGACCGUCUGUAAGAUCAGAGCAAUUGUUGGGCGUGGCGUUCUGGGGAAUACUGCCAACGUAAGGGGCACUUGUAUCCGUUCGAAGGGGUAUCGGUGUCUUCUGGUGUUAUUUGGGGAGGCCACUCCGCCUCGACAAAAUCCGAAGAGAUAACCGAAACCAAAAUCCCCGCAUAAAGAAGGGGGACGGAGGACCGGCUCCAGCCUACGGUCCGGUCGGAAUCGGAUUAACCUCGGUCCAAAGGCAGGGAAAGCCAGAACGAUGGGGCUUCUCGUGGGAAGCCCCAGCUUCUUGCGGACUCCCCACUCCUCCUUUCCCUUCUCCAACCCUUUGUCAUCUUCAGUGCGCUCUUCGCAGAGGAAAGCUGCGAGAACGCGAUCACCGCUGGCUACGUGUUGUGCAAAUGGGGAGAGCCAUGUAGGUGCCGUAGUUACUCCUCCUAGAAGGGCUCUUCUCCUUGCGGGCAUCUCAGCUCUUCCCUUCUUGACACUUGGAGCAAUGGCUGCCGACGUUGUGGUUGUCCAAGAUAAACAAGAUGUCAAAAAACCAUAUGAUCAAGAUGUCAUAAUCACAGAAAAACAAGAUGAUAUAAAGCCAGAGAUACAAGAUCUUCAAGAUAGUGCACUGCAAGAUUCAUCUCAAGAGCCCAACCAAUUUGAGCAAGCAAAUCUACAAAAUGCACCAGCAAACUCUUCAAUUUCUUUACAAAAUGGGGUUGGAAUAAUUGCGUCAGGUGUUCUUGGUGCAUUAUAUGCAACAUCUCAGAAAGAAAAGACAGCUACCAAAUCCACCUUGGAAUCUCUGGAAAGCAAGCUGAAUGAAAAGGAAGCAGUGAUGUUUAUGAUGAAGGAGAACUUUGAGAAAAUGCUACAGAGGGAGCAGGAAGAAAAAAAGAAACAAGAGAAAAAGUUUGAGGAAGCCGAAACUUCUCUGCUAAAUCAACUGGCUUCGACAAGUGAGACUAAAGCAGCUUUGCUUCAAGAGCUACAAAAUGAGAGUAAACUAGUUGAAGAGCUUAGAGCACAAAUAAGUCAACUCGAGAGCAGUAUUACAAGAAUCGCUGCAGAAAAAAAUAUGCUUGAGGCUGAAUUUAAAGAAAAGGUGGACAAUGUUGAUGUGCUACAAGAUAGAGUAGUCCUGCUUGGUUUGCAGAUAAAUGACACGGAGAAGAACAUUGAAAGUCUCAAAGUAUCCCUUUCUGAAAAUGAAUCAGAAUGUAAGAAGUUGAGCUCCAAUGUUGAACAGUUAAGGAACGAGCUUGCCCUUGCAAAUUCAACUAUUCAACAGUUGAAAGAGGAGUUACUUGGAACUAAAGCAGAAUUAAAUUCAAAGAUAUCUUUAAUUGAUUCUCUUAAUGAAAAGAUUCAGUCGUUAAGCUCAGAGAAAGACAACUGUGUGCAGAGAAUUAAGGAUCUCAUGAAAGACUAUGAUCAUUUGAAAACCUCUUCUGAUAGAAGAGCUGCCCAUGAUGCCGAACUCUUAUCCAAGAAAGAGGACCAAAUUCGUGAUAAUGAAGAAAAGCUUGAGCUUGCAAUAGCUGAAGGGAGGGACAAUAAUGCAAUUAUUGCUGAGCUGAGAAAAGAAAAGGAUGAUCUCAAAGCAUUGCUGGAAAGAGAAGCAAGUACUGUGAAAAUUUUGAAAGGUGAGCUGCAGUCUACCCAAGAAGCACUGGGAGCUUCUAAGUUUGAAGCUUCCAAUCUGUCCAAAGAUCUCGAUGAGGCUAGAGGUUCAUAUGAGAAACUAAUGACUGAGGUUUCAAAGAUUCAGGAUGAUUUUAGUGAAACGAAGAAUACAUUAGCUGGUAGCCUUGAAGAGGCUAAGUCUAAUGCAAAAUUUCUUUCUGUUGAAUUAAUCUCAGUGAAGGCGGUCCUAAAGAAAACCAAUGAAGAACUCGACAUCACGUCCAAGGAAUUGAAAAAUGCUGUGGCUGAUCAUGAGAACUUGAAGAAGGAAUUGGUGGAAACCUAUAAAAGGCUGGAGGCUGCCAUGCAUGAAGUGAACGAAGAAAGGAAGGUAGUUUCUACUUUGAACAGAGAGCUUGAUGUGUUGGGAAAUCAAAUUCUGACCGACUCAGAAGCACGAAGAUCUCUUGAAGCAGAUCUGGAUGAGGCUACCAAAUCACUUGACGAGAUGAAUGAGAGUGCAUUAUUGCUGUCAAAAGAACUAGAGAGCAGUAAUUCUAGAAACGUUAGCCUCGAAGCAGAGAAAGAGAUGCUGCUCAAAUCUCUCACGGAGCAACAGAAAGUCACAAAAGAAGCUCAGGAAAAUAUCGAAGAUGCUCAGAAUCUUGUUAUGAGGCUUGGAGGUGACAAGGAGAACUUAGAGAAGAGGGCUAAGAAGUUUGGAGAGGAAUUAGCAUCUGCAAAGGGCGAGAUACUACGGUUGAGGAGGCAGAUCAGUGUUGGGAAGGAAUCUGUAGACGAGCUCGAGCUCGAGCUCCAUCCAAAGGCCAAUGAAGCUGCAGCAGGUGCUCCUUUUUCAGUAAGAAAGACUGCUAAUAGGAGAAGAAAGAGAAGAAAUACAUGAGAAGUUUAUCAAAAGAGGAUGAAAUGCAGAAUGAGAAUACGUUGCUAUUGCAUAUUUUACCACCUAUCUUUCAGUUUCAGUAGUCAUACCUUUGCGGCCAUGUGCAUGAGCAGCGUCGUGCUUGAAGAGUCAUGUACCAUUUUCCCUGUAUUUGCGCCAAGCGGAUGCUAGUUCUGAGAACCACUUUAAAGCCACAUUGUUUUGUGUA